AUGCUUGCGACUACAGUGUGGAUUGAGUGUGUAGAUGUGGCUACAGCGUGGAUUGACAGUGUAGAUGUGGUAACAGUGUGGGCUGAGAAUGUUGAUGUAGCUACAGUGUGGGUUGAGAAUGAAGGUGUGGUAACAGUGUGGGUUGAGAAUGUAGAUGUGGCUACAGUGUGGGUUGAGAAUGUAGGUGUGGCUACAGUGUGGAAUAAGAAUGUUGAUGUGGCUACAGUGUGGACUGAGAAUGUAGAUGUGGCUACAGUGUGGGUUGAGAAUGUUGAUGUGGAAUCAGUGUGGGUUGAGAAUGUAGAUGUGGCUACAGUGUGGAAUAAGAAUGUUGAUGUGGCUACAGUGUGGAUUGAGAAUGUAGAUGUGGCUACACUGUGGGUUGAGAAUGUAGAUGUGGCUACAGUGUGGGCUGAGAAUGUAGAUGUGGCUACAGUGUGGAUCGAGAAUGUAGAUGUGGCUACAGUGUGGAAUAAGAAUGUUGAUGUGGCUACAGUGUGGAUUGAGAAUGUAGAUGUGGCUACAGUGUGGGCUGAGAAUACGCAUAGAGAAAAAGCCUCCAUUGAAAUGGCUACACAUUAA